AGGAAAAAGCGACAGACAGCACCAAGAAGAUAUUCAUCACAUCUAUUCUCCUUGAUUGCAUAAACAGUUGAUGUAACCAUGGUACUAAUACUGGGGCGCAGAUUGAACAGAGGGGAUAAUCGGGUCCAAGAAUCCCCAGUCACCAAGCGUAAAGUUUUUGAAAUGGACCCAAAGUCUUUAUCAGGCCAUGAGUUCUUUGACUUUUCUCCUGGAUCAUCCCAUGCUGAAAGCAUACUUCAGAUCUUCAAUGAAUUUCGUGACAGUCGCUUGUUCACAGAUGUAAUAAUCUGUGUUGAAGGCAGAGAAUUUCCCUGUCAUCGUGCUGUUCUUUCAGCUUGCAGCAGCUACUUCAGAGCUAUGUUUUGCAAUGAUCACAGAGAAAGUCGGGAGAUGUUGGUAGAAAUUAAUGGAAUUUUUGCUGAAGCCAUGGAUUGUUUUUUACAAUAUGUAUAUACAGGCAAGGUAAAAAUCACCACAGAUAAUGUGCAGUACCUGUUUGAAACAUCAAGUCUCUUUCAGAUAAGUGUUUUGCGUGAUGCAUGUGCUAAGUUCCUAGAAGAGCAGCUAGAUCCUUGUAACUGUCUAGGAAUUCAACGUUUUGCUGAUACACAUUCUCUGAAAACACUCUUUACAAAAUGCAAAAAUUUUGCACUGCAAAAUUUUGAGGAUGUGGCCCAGCAUGAAGAAUUUCUUGAGCUUGGAAAAGAUGAACUUAUUGAUUACAUUUGCAGUGAUGAACUGGUUAUAAGCAAAGAGGAGAUGGCGUUUGAAGCAGUUAUGCAUUGGGUGUACCGGGCUGUGGAAUCCAGGCGCUCAGUUCUACAAGAAAUUCUCACACAUGUGAGACUGCCUUUGUUACAUCCUAACUACUUUGUUCAGACAGUGGAAGUAGAUCAGUUGAUCCAAAAUUCACCUGAAUGUUACCAAUUGUUGCAUGAAGCAAGAAGAUACCAUGUCCUUGGAAAUGAAAUGAUGUCUCCAAGAACUAGACCACGAAGAUCAACUGGCUACUCUGAAGUUAUAGUUGUUGUUGGAGGUUGUGAGCGUGUUGGGGGAUUUAAUUUGCCAUAUACAGAAUGUUAUGACCCAAUGACAGGAGAGUGGAAAUCCCUGGCAAAAUUACCAGAAUUUACAAAAUCUGAGUAUGCAGUUUGUGCUUUGAGGAAUGACAUCCUUGUUUCAGGUGGAAGAAUCAACAGCCGUGAUGUAUGGAUUUAUAAUUCUCAACUUAACAUUUGGAUCAGAGUCGCUUCUCUAAAUAAAGGGAGAUGGCGCCAUAAAAUGGCUGUCCUCCUUGGUAAGGUGUAUGUGGUUGGAGGAUAUGAUGGGCAAAAUCGGCUGAGUAGUGUGGAGUGUUAUGACUCUUUUUCCAAUCGAUGGACAGAGGUAGCUUCACUUAAAGAAGCUGUCAGUUCUCCAGCAGUUACCAGUUGUGUGGGCAAACUGUUCGUGAUUGGUGGAGGUCCAGAUGAUAACACAUGCUCUGAUAAGGUUCAGUCGUAUGAUCCCGAUACUAAUUCUUGGCUCCUCCGUGCAACAAUCCCCAUUGCGAAGAGAUGUAUUACAGCUGUAUCAUUAAACAAUCUCAUUUAUGUUGCUGGAGGACUCACAAAAGCGAUAUAUUGCUAUGAUCCAGUUGAAGAUUAUUGGAUGCAUGUGCAGAACACGUUUAGCAGACAGGAAAACUGUGGCAUGUCUGUCUGUAAUGGGAAAAUCUAUAUCCUUGGUGGGAGAAGAGAAAAUGGAGAAGCCACAGAUACUAUUCUUUGUUAUGACCCUGCAACAAGCAUCAUUACAGGAGUAGCUGCCAUGCCCAGACCAGUAUCAUACCAUGGCUGUGUGACUAUUCACAGAUACAACGAUAAGAAGAAUUUUUGAGUAAGAAAUUAGGCUCAUAUUACUGCCAGGAUUUUUAGGAUUCAUUUUAAGAACAGGAAAGCAGCCUUUUCCAAAGUGUCAUAUGGAAAGAAACGUUGUUGUGUUUAAAGUCUGAAAUGUAAUCAGAUUUGAUUGUUAAAGAUUUCCUAUAGUUACGAUUUUUAACUUCUGAAAUCAUUAACAGUUGAUAUUACUAAAUAGAUCAUGCUCAUGUCCAUAUUG